CUUACGCAGCAAUUUCUCCAAGUCAAUACUGCCUCGGAGGCCGAACAUCUUCUAACUAGCUCGCAUUCGGCUAGAGGGAGUACACAUAACGUCGUUCGAUUGAAGUAGGCUCUUCGUCAAUACCAUUCUUCUUCAGCAGGAGCAUUCUCAGUCAUGGCGUUGUGUCUGCGGGGAGGUGCUUCUGCGGUCCCAAUUACCGUCAGCCUCGCGAGUUAUGGAGCGACUACUCGCCGCUUCUCUCCCCACCAGCGGCUGCAUCUUUCACCGUUCCGCAAAACUCACCUGACGAAUCACCUGAAAGAUCGCCUGAUGAGCCACGCGUCAGGCCAGCGCACGGCCAGCUGGGUCAGACACGGGUCCAUGACUGUAACGGGGGGCAGCGAGUGGGACGAGGAGGACGAGGAGGAAUUCGAGGAGGACGAGGAGGAGUAUGGGGAGGAGGAAGUGGAGGAGGGGGAAGAGGAGGAAGAGGAGAGGGAGGAGAGGGUGCAGGUUCAGGCGAGGUUGUAUGAGGACUCGUCAGGAUACAGCGAGGGAGACGAGAUGGAGGUGAAGGCUCAGCAGCAGCAGAAUGUCGCGCAGCAGGCGGAUGAGGGAAAGAAACAGGAGAACCAGCAGCAGCAACAGCAGCAGCAGCAGCAGCAGCAGCCGCUGCAGUGGCUGGCGGAAGGAGCUGCUGCGGCUGUGAAGGCUGCUGUGGAGGGGGGUGCCGUGGCUGCUGCCGUGGGGGCAAUGAUCGAGGCGAGCCAGCACGCGGAGGAGCACGCGGGAGAGCACUCGGACAGUGACGCGCGGGAGAAGGGCGAGGAAUACUCGGCUACCAUGCAGCUGGCCAUGGGGAACACAGCGCUCAUCUACCGCCACGAGCUGGGAAUGAACUAUGCUCGCGUGCUGCCCAACCUGCUCGUCGGCUCCUGCUUACAGUCCCCUCUGGAUCUGGACCACCUUCGGGACGUGGAGGGCGUGGGGGCGGUGCAGUGUCUGCAGCGAGACUCCGACCUAGAGUACUUCGACUUGGAUAUCAACCCGAUUAUUGAGCGGGCGGCAGAGAGGGGAGACAUCCAGCACCUUUGGACGGAGAUCAGGGACUUCGACCCCUUUGACCUGCGCAUGCAGCUGCCGAGGGCCGUGGCAGCGCUGCACAAGGCAGUGAUGGAGUGUGGCACGGCGUACGUGCACUGCACUGCCGGCCUUGGAAGGGCCCCGGCUGUAGCGCUCGCCUACAUGUGGUGGAUGCGGGACCUGCAACUGGAAGAAGCGAAUGAAAUCCUGCAGAAAGUGCGUCCAUGUGGGCCCAAGCUCUUUGCCAUUCGAGCGGCAGCAUGCGAUCUGCUAGCAGGCAAUCCCCUAGAGCCAGUGGAGAUCAACUGGAGGAACCGAGGUGUGAAUGAGACGGUGGAGGUGGCAGGACUGGACGUGGGCUGGCACCAUCGCCUGCCAUUGACACGGGAGCCAGCAUCCAACACAUGGUCGCUCAUAAGAGAGCUGCCGAUUGGCACAUACUAUUACAAGCACAUUGUGAACGGCACACACUGGUCGUACAACCCCGAUGCCCCCCUCACUCCACCCGACCGUGACUACAAUAUCAACAACUAUAUUGAGGUGGUUGGUUCUUCGCUUGACCCGGCAGCUCGUGAUCUACGGAAGAGGAUCAUGCAAGAGGGGGCUCCUCUAACCCAGGAAGACAGAGCUGCAGUGGUUGCCAAGAUUCUUGAGAUUGCGGGGAAUCUCUAGACUGUCGUUUUUUAUUUCACGUUUACUCACAUUGUGCAUACCAUAAUUAUUUGUUGCAUGCAUAAUAUUUCGCCUUGUGUGGUCUUGAGGCGAGAAUCUUGCACAGAAUCAAGCUAAUCAUACAAC